AUGAAGGAAAAUACGAAGAACACAAUGCAUUUUCCAUACUUCUUGGACAACUACUGCCCACCAGAGUGUGCCUGCUAUGGGAGAGUGGUACAAUGCUCAGACAAAGGCGUGGACAGAGUUCCUUAUGGCAUCCCCUACAACUCCCGCUACAUCCUGCUUAUGAACAACCACAUCGACCACAUCCAGCUGGAUUUCCUUAGCGAAUACAUCUCCAUGGAGUUCCUGGCCCUUACCAACAAUCGCCUGACAGAUGGCGCUAUUGAAGGGGCUUUUGAGGGGGUUCCUGCUCUCAAGCGGCUCUAUCUGGACUCCAACCAGCUACAAAGUGUUCCCAUUGAUCUUCCAAUGUCAUUAGAAGAACUGCGUUUGGAUAACAACCAAGUCGAGCUGAUGGUUAAAAUUAGUCAGGAGCACAGCGUAGUUGCAAUAGAAGAAGACAGGGGGCACUUCAGAGGAGCUGUGUGGAGCCGUGAAGCAGCUGAGAGGAGGGCUAAAGGAGUCCAGGAGGAGGGGAGAGGGAUUGAAACCAUGGGAGCCAGAGGGACCCCUAGACACAGAGGCAUACGGACGCAAUCUGCCCUUCGCACCGCCGGCAUGCACUGA